CGCGUGCCUCCGCCACAGACGGUUAACAGUGUUCAUUAAGCGGACGCUGUUGAACACACCCUGGCGGAGUUGUCAUCCAGCUGAACCCUGACCAGAACACACACGGAGGCAGAAACCACUCGACCCAGACGUCGUGACCGUCACAUCCUCCCGAUGCCGAGACGACCGCGGUGGGAGAGCGUGUUUGUGAGGGCGGCCUGAGGACCGCGGCUUGUAGAGUAGCGCCAACUAGCUAGGCUGCUAACGCCACCGCGGCUAACGGAGGCUAGGUACCGUUAGCUCAUGGUAGCGUAAUGCCAGGCGAGCCUACACCUACCGCAGCUGCUGGGAGUGGAGACCGCUUCUUCUGUUGCCUCAACCGGGAGCCCGGCGGCGCGACACGGGCUCGGCGGGCAGUCAGGUAGCCGCGUGAGCUAAAAGCUAAACUCAUUCUCAUUAUAUACUCAUUUCCCUCCUGUUGCUGCCUGGAAUAACCUGCCAGGAUGGGGAUGUGCUUACCGUGCCUUGGCGGGGCGGCGGACGACGUCGUUGUCACCCCAGAUCCGGAUGCGAGGAGACGACAGUUAGCCGAGGCCGCAGAGAAGAGACAAAAAGAGACAGCAUACCGUGGUGUUAAAAACCCAGAAGCGGUCGAGAGGAAAAGGAAAAAGCAGGAAGAAAGUGAGAACCAGGCGAUGACAACGAAUGCGUCUGGUGGCGGCGGUUUGAAGUGGCAGGUAGGAUGAACACCCUGAUGGCAGAAUCUGAAGUCUUGACUCGGAAGUCCAAAACAACGUGGAGCAUCACUGCAAGAUGACUUGAAAGAUGUCUGAACUGCUGUCCAUUCGUCUACUUUUUGGUUCUGUUAUUUGCCCGUUUGAUGGUGUCACGAGACAAACAGCUGCCGCUGCUGGAUGCAAAACGAUCUGAAGUGAAGAGAUAACAUCAGGACAGCCCCCUUGAUGCCAAGUUACACAAACCAGUGUGGACCUUUGGACAAAUCAAGGAUGAUACACAGUAAUAGCAAAAGCAGGCUAUUUUAUAUUAGAUAACACGAAACAAUAUAACUCUUAAGUCAAGUUGUGUCUCUGGGAACACAUUGAAACAAGCUGUCUUCAACACUCUUAUAACAUGAGCUUCAUCGCCGCACCUUUCCUUUUAUUUUCACAGUCGAGGAUCAGUAUUCACCGUUGAUCUGUUCAUGGCCAAAUUGCUUUUUCUGUACCGUUAUACAAAGGACUCAUUUCACAAGUUGGACACAGUUUAUGUUUACAUAGCAAUUUAACUGUGCUUAUUGUUGUUUUAUUGUACAAUAAUGAGCAUCCACGUACCACUCAUUUCACCUUGUUCAGGCUCUAUGUGUCGGUAACACAAAGGCUAGUGCAAACAGGGCUGUAACUUGUUGCUAUUGGCUGAACCUGUUAUUCUCUUUGCGCGGAGUGUUUCCGUGACUGAUGCACAUCUCACAAUGAAGUCCCCUGAUGCAGAAGGCAAUGCGAGUUAUGCCUUUGACAUUUUACGAAGAAUAUAUGUUCGACAACCAGGCCUAUACUCUGCAGCAUCAUAUAGUUGCUACAUUUGUGAUGAAGGAAGUAAGCACUGGAAAAUAGGGAAUGAUUUAUUGAACUUGUGCACACGACCUAUUGCAUUUUGCACUGGCCUUUGUGAACCCCCCCCUUUUUAAUGGAGCCUAAUUUCAACGGAAUUUUUUUUGGUUUUCUCUGCACAAUUCCAGUUGAAUUAUUGAAUGCAAAACUCUUGACGUGUCGCCUGCUUGAUUUGAAUGAGAUAUCAAUUGUGUUUUAUAUAUUGCCAUGUGACAAACAGAAGCUUUGGUUGGACAUCUAUUUGCACACAGUUUGUCAAUAUUUGGUACACAGCAAAUAAGUGGAGAGAGAAACUAGUAACAGAAAUAUGAAGAAACCGAAGGAAAGAAUAAGUGAAUUGUGUAUGUUGUGAUUUUUUUUCUUUUUAAACUAUGACUUGCUUUGACUUGAGUGCAUUUCUUACAGCCUUCACUUGAUCCUAAAUGCUUCCGGUGCUCUCUCCUUUUUGUAGAACAGGAAAGCCAAUGGUAUUUGCUACAAUAAAUCACAUUUCUGCUA